GACCCGCUCAUUAUCACUUAGCAUUUAACUACCGUCGUCGUUGUCCACAAUGUCGCACUCACACGCACCAGGACAACCAGGACAUACCCAUGGGCCUCAACCACAGGCAGGACAGCCUGGCGUUCAACAACCUGCUAUGGUUAUGCGUCCACCAGACCCCGUCAUGCAAGCAGUCAUUGAGGACAGCUUCUCUCAAGUCAACAUUGCUCUGGGUCCCCCAGAGAAUGUCUCGGCACUAUGUUCAGCACACUCGCUUGAGAAAUGUAACGACUGCGAUGUUGACUUCAUCAACCUCAACCGACUUUCUAAAAUGCUACAUUUGAAUCCUAACCUCCGCUGUCCACCCCCGCCUCAAAUCGUUUCUCAGAAACUGUCUAUGGCGAUCAAUAACACCAAGGAAGAAGGCAACGCUCUCUUCAAAGCAGGCCAGCAUGACAAGGCUAUCCAACGGUACACCAUGGCUAUCAACGUAGCAGCCCAGCGUCCACCUUGGGAAGCUUCCCAGCUCAUGCGCGAAGAGCUCUCAACUAUCAUCUCCAACCGUUCUGCUGCUUACCUUGAGAGUGGCAACUACGUCGGUGCCCUAGUCGACGCCGAAGCGGUCAUCACAUUGAAGCGUGGCUGGAGUAAAGGACACUUCAGGAAAUCAAAAGCGUUGAUGAAGUUGGAGAGAUAUCAUGAGGCAAAAGAAGCGAUCGAGUUGGGGCUCUCGUUUGAACCGUCAAAUGUGGUACGUCGUGUUUCCAUACACAUAUUUGAAUAUGUUGCUGAAUAUGUUACGACGGGUACUAGGAAAUGGGUCAGAUACUUGCAGAUAUAGAGUCUACGUUGAAAGCUCGUGAGGUAACGAGACAGGUCAAGCGAGAGAACGCACCCGAACCCCUUCCUAUACCCGUUCCCACUGCUGCAUGAACCCCUUAGGUUCUUACACCUCAUGCGUUGACAUUUGUGACGAUAGGCAGGAUACGGAUACCCGAGUAGUGUGACUUGUACAUAUUUCUACACCGUUCAUUAUAGUACUGUACAACAGCUACAAAUCAGGAUCAUUCUACUUGAGUGCAUGGUCAUACGUGCAUAUAUGCG